GCUGUGACGCAGGCCGGGUCCGGCCUCCUGCAAAGGGGUGGCUGCCCCCUCCAUUCUCGGCGAUACUUGGCGGGCCGUGAGGGCGUCUGCUCUGGCUGCUCCCUGGGUGGCGGUGGCCUGCAUGGGUUCCCCAGUUCGGCCUUGAGGUGACCAAAGUCGGGCACCGCUGCUCAGCGCCGGCCCUGUGGGACAUGGGGCGGUGGGACCCUGCCGGCCGGGGCUCGGGCCCUGCUCGGCUGGGAGCGUCAGACGCCACCCCUCCCCCUCCGAGGUGUUGCGAAUUUGGGCAAGGACGCGCCCGGGCGUCCUCUCUGGCUCUCCGCGGGAACGGGGUGGUCAGGCGGGCACUCGGGUUACUGUGACAUCUUGCUGCGCCAGGUCGUGGGUUCAGAUAAUGCCCCGGGGAGCGCCAGCGGAUCGGGGGGAGUGACGCGCGUAAACAAGCGCGGUGGUGCGGGCGCCUCGUGAGCGCUGCGACCGCGCCGGGGAGGAGGGCACCGAUUGCCAACAGAACGCUCCAGGCCAGGCGGAGUACAGAUGUUAUCCCACUGGCAAGUGGAGAGAGUGACAAGACGAGAACAUUCUUCAGAAGUGUUGGUGUGGUCACAGACACCCAGAUGAGGACGGGGACUUGGUUGCCUUUUCCAGUGAUGAGGAAUUGACAAUGGCCAUGUCCUAUGUGAAGGAUGACAUCUUCCGAAUCUACAUUAAAGAGAAAAAAGAGUGCCGGCGGGACCACCGCCCACCAUGUGCUCAGGAGGCGCCCCGCAACAUGGUGCACCCCAAUGUCAUCUGUGAUGGCUGCAAUGGUCCCGUGGUAGGAACCCGCUACAAGUGCAGCGUCUGCCCAGACUACGACUUGUGUAGCGUCUGCGAGGGAAAGGGCUUGCACCGAGGGCACUCCAAGCUCGUGUUCCCUAGCCCCUUCGGACACCUGUCUGAGGGCUUCUCGCAUAGCCGCUGGCUCAGGAAGCUGAAACACGGGCACUUCGGUUGGCCAGGCUGGGAGAUGGGCCCACCAGGAAACUGGAGCCCACGUCCUCCUCGUGCAGGGGAUGCCCGCCCUGGUCCCACAGCAGAAUCAGCUUCUGGUCCAUCGGAGGAUCCCAGUGUGAAUUUCCUGAAGAACGUAGGGGAGAGCGUGGCAGCUGCCCUCAGCCCUCUGGGCAUUGAAGUUGAUAUUGAUGUGGAGCAUGGAGGGAAAAGAAGCCGCCUGACCCCUGUUUCUCCAGAGUGUUUCAGCACAGAGAAGAGCAGCUUGCAGUCAAGCAGCUGCUGCUCUGAGCCCAGCAAGCCCCGUGGGAACGUUGAGGGCGCCACGCAGUCUCUGGCGGAGCAGAUGAGAAAGAUUGCCUUGGAGUCCGAGGGGCACCCUGAGGAACAGAUGGAAUCUGAUAACUGUUCAGGAGGAGAUGAUGACUGGACCCAUUUGUCUUCAAAAGAAGUGGACCCAUCUACAGGUGAACUUCAGUCCCUACAGAUGCCAGAAUCUGAAGGGCCAAGCUCUUUGGAUCCCUCCCAGGAGGGACCCACAGGGCUGAAGGAAGCUGCCUUAUACCCGCAUCUGCCACCAGAGGCAGACCCACGGCUGAUUGAGUCCCUCUCCCAGAUGCUGUCCAUGGGCUUCUCUGACGAAGGUGGCUGGCUCACCAGGCUCCUGCAGACCAAGAAUUAUGACAUCGGGGCAGCUCUGGACACCAUCCAGUAUUCGAAGCAUCCUCCACCGUUGUGACUGCUUUUGCCCACCUCUUCUGUUGUCCCCCACCUUGUGUGUCAUAGUUAUGUUAAGCUACUGUAGAACUGCAGGUCUCUGUAUGGGCCAGUUUCUCUGCCUUCUUCCAGGAUCAGGGAUUGAGGUGCAAGAAGCCAUUUAGGAAGCAGCAAAACAAGUGAUAUGAGGGUAGGGUCCUCAUGUGUGUGCACUGAUGUCUGAGAAACAAGACCGGCCUCCGGGUUCCCUGGCUCCUUGCAGCGGUGCUGGGCCUGCGAGACCUGAGGCUCACUGCAGUGUGCUCCUGACCGCCCCCAUGCAGGGGCUGCAUUAGCAGCCCAGCACAUAGCUUGACUAAUGGCCUUCCACUCUUUUUUUUUUUUUUUUUUCCAUGACUCAUAGGUCCCUGACAUUUAGUUGAUUUUUCUGUUAGAGACCUGGUACUCUCUGAUUCUAGAUAAAGUAAGCCUAGGUGUUGUCUGGGGGUAAGCAAGGGAGGGGGCUGUCUUGGCGCAGGCAGUGGCAGCCAGUGCUGUGGGCUUCCUGCAGGGACUGAGAAAGCUCAUGAAGGGCAUCUGCAGUCACUGAGAGCUGCCUCCUGGUCUCUUCACCACUGUAGUUCCCUCAUUUCCAAACCACCAGUAAGAUCUCUUUGUAGCUAUCCUGUUAUAUUUGUUAACAAUCUAAUUAAAUGGUAUCAGCACUUUAACCAA